AUGAAAAAUAAAAAUAAGAAUAUAGAUGUAAAAACUGAUAAAAUAUUUAGGGCAGAUGUGGUGUGCUUUUCUACUACGUUAACAAAAUUGUCUUGUAAGCAUACAAAAAGGCGCAAACUCACAAAUGUGUACCACAAUGAAGUGAAGGAGAAGAAAAUCAAACUGUCCAAAUGGUGUAAGACACAGAAAGCACGUAUUGUGAUUCGAGGCUAUUUUAAAUGUUUAAAAAAAGCUCUUGUUCUACUUUCAUUGAUUAUAAGUGCCCAAGGCAAAAAUAAUGGAGAAGUUUAG